AUGCGUAUGACUAAGAAUUGCAUGCCCAGAAACAACUCAUCACGCCUUGGUCCCGGCUUGUUCAUCAACCGCUGGUUUCUGUCACUUGUUGUGGCACUAGUUGUGCUAGAUAGCGGAGCACAAGCUUACCGUUACUACAAACGAAUGGGCAAUCGGUUUCGGCCAGUAAUAAUGAGACCGAUGCCGGUAGGCCGAUUUGGAUUUGUGCGAGCAGAAAACCCCAACGCUGACGGGGCGAUGGACGCAAAGUCGGGUGAAGAAAGUUCCGAACCUGCCCCACUACCACCACAACCAGCACCACAAGCACCUGCUAUGGAUGACAUGCCAAUGCACGAAAUGCACGCACCACAGAUGCGUGAAAUGAUCCACGAUAGUCCACAUCCGGUCGAGAUCGAUAUGGGUCCGGGUAUGCAGGCACGCGUCAUGGGCUUUGAGGGGGAGCUGGACGAAGGCAACUUUGGCCGAGCGGCAGGAGAGGAUGAAGAGGAAAAUGAAGGAGAGGAAGGUGGCCAGUUCCGACACUUUAAGCAUAAGCACAAGAAGCAUAAGUAUGUGAUCCACACGCAUCACCAUUACCAUCACAAGAAGGGCGGACACGAAGGAUACGGCCAUCAUGGAUACGGUCAUGGGAAACAUGGCGGAUACGGUCAUCACGGUGGUCAUGGUGGUGGACACGGGUAUGGGCACGAUGACGGGGGCGAAGGCGAUGAUUAUGAGCCCACGUACGGGCACCACGGUCGUUAUCGGCGAUCGUCGAUGAGUGAAUCGUCCCCAGCGGACGAACUGGCCCCGGAUACUCCCCAGGCUUUAGAUCGUACUGCGCUCCCGACACAUUCAUCCCCGGACCAUCCCAUCCCGCUAGCGGCUGGCCCCACGACGAUGGUAGAUCCUGGAGCACCCGGAACCGUGUACCGACAAUCCGUAAGCCGGCGACAGUUAGUGCGAAGCAAGAACGAGCGACUGGCAAAGAUUGGGCGUGAUCGAGCACAGCGAGCAAACAGGUUACGAUCGAUGGCAAAGCGUAUGAUUGAAGGGCUGGAGGGUGGGCGUACGGGUCAGACGACGGGAGAGGGCGUGAGUGUGGCAACGGGUGAAGGAUCCGUACCGCAGCGUUGGCUUCAUAAGCGGCGGACGAAAUCGGAAUGGCGUCGGAGGGAUGCGAAUGCCGGUCGGCGUCGUAGACCGAUGCCGAUGGAAAAAGUGAUCGAGAGAAGAACACCGGAGGAUGUACCUUUCGAGGUUCCGACUACUGUGAUCACUCCGGCAGUGCCAGCAGUAGAGACGGAAACGGAAGAGAAGGAAAUGGAAAAGGAGAAAAAGGAGGAUGUGGAAUGUGACGAUCAGAUCUGCUCGAAUUUCUACGUGGAUGAACGCAAAAUCACUACUACUUCCACAACUCCUCGCGAACCAGAGUAUCGACUGGAGGAUGAAUUUGAGCCAAAGCUAGCCCCGUUUGGUAAUGAAAUCGACCAGGCAGUAAAUGAAGAAGCUUCACUGGCCACUUUUAUUGCCAGACCACGCGAAGAACCAAAAAGCCACAGGAACUCCCUCUGGAGAGGUCUCUCGAAGCGACUUAGUGCGUUCCGUGAGAGACAGGCUGAUAGGGGCGCACGUAGAAAAAGCAUUAACCCACCGGAACAGCAAAGUACAACGACUGUUGACCCGGUAGUGGAUGACGAUGAGUACGAUUCGAACGAAAUAGUUGAGUACUACCAGCAGCAGGAUGUGGGCCGGGUCCUGUACCGGAUGGCUAAUGGACGACUUCUCGAGGAACCACAGCGGCUUCAUCUGCGCCGCAGCGCCGAAGGUGAUGAAGAAGGUGACCCUAACUCGCUACGCAGUCGACGCCUCAACCGACUGUCCAAUCGCUUGAAUCGAAGACGUAAGCCUGCCAAGAGUAAUGCAGCCUCAGAUCCUCAGCCCGCGGAAGGUACCAUCGACAAAUCGAGAACUCCCAUGAUCAAUAUCGGAACGUUCCGUUUGACGGAUCCAAAGUACGAAGGUGCUGCUUCCGCUCCUGCGCCAGCUGCUGCCACAGGGUUGGAAAAUAUUGGAGCUGCCCGUUCCGCGAGUGGUUACGUUUCAGCGGACAUGGACAACUACAUCAUGCAGAAGGUGCGUGAGUACUGUAGCACGUCCUGUGCGGCGGGGAAAUCUCAUCCGCCUCCGGUUAUCAUUAUGCCUUCGGCCGUUGCACCGGCAUCGGCCUCCAAUAACGAACCGAUCGUCGGCAGUAGCAAACAGCUGAUCGUGCAACCACCGUCUACGUAUGAAGCAGCCACGGUUGCACCGGCCACCGCCCGUACGUCUGCCCCGAACACGCCUGCCUGCCCCACCAAGAUCGUUAAAUGCAUCCCGAAAGCGAUGGCCGGCAGUGGUAAGCGAUCCCGCAAAACUGACUCAUCCGGAAAGUCAUCGUCAUCAAACAAUCCAGCGGAUGAGAAAGAAUCCAACCCGCUAGUAUCGCUGGCAAGAGGAAGUAUGACACCGUUUCGCCUGCGUCACUAUCGUUUCAAUCCGUUUAGACGAUUUUUUGGACCGUUCUCUAGGCUGUAG